AUGUUCCGCCGCGCCUCCCUCUUCGCCCUCGCCCUCCUCCCCUUUGCCUUUGCGCAAGUCUCCGAGGACUUUGAGUCCGGCUGGGAUGAGAGCGCGUGGCCCACGUACGCCGCCGACUGCGACCAGGGCGGCGUCGUCACUCUCGACACCUCUGUAGCGCACAGCGGCUCCAACUCGGUCAGGGUCGACGGUGCGGGCGGCUACUGCGGACACAAGUUCUUCGGAACCACCAAGGUCCCCAGCGGCGAUCUCUACGUGAGGGCUUGGAUAAAAGCUUCCAAAGCCUUGACUGAUGCCCACGUUUCCUUCAUCACCAUGCCCGACCCCGCCCAGGGCUCUAACAAGCAUCUCCGAAUCGGCGGACAAAGCAAGAUUAUCAUGUUCAACCGCGAAUCCGACGACGCCACCCUGCCCGAUCUCUCUCCCCAGGGUAUCUCUGCCUCCAAGGCCCUUCCCACCGACGCCUGGCAGUGCUUCGAGUACCACUUGGGUACUGACGGAACUGUUGAGACUUGGCUGAACGGCGAGGCCAUCGACGGUCUUACUGCCAAGUCUGGAGUAGCCAACCAAAACGCCGGCCAGUGGCAGCGCAGCUCUCUCGUGCCCAAGGUUACUGGUGUUUACUUUGGCUGGGAGUCCUAUGGCGGAGAUACUAACACUUUCUGGUAUGACGACAUUGUCAUUGACUCUGCUCGCGUUGGUUGCGACGAGUAA